UUCAGAAGCGGAGAGGAUCACCACACAGAAAAACGCUGCGAUUGGCGAGAGAUUUUGUCGGAUUCGCAUCCCGACACAGUAGCUUGAUUUUCGGACGACGGUUUCCAGCGUCGAUCAUCGAUGAUUUCCCACGGUUGUCACGGUUUCCCAAUGGAUUAUUGCUAAUUUGCACCACGUCGACCCUGGAAAAUCGCGAGUAGUCGGAUACGUCAGCUCAAGAUCUGAAAGUGAGAUCACUCAAGAAGAUCGCCGUCACCGUGGACGGAGAUGAAGACACUGGAGGAGCCCCCGUACCUGACCGUGGGCACUGACGUGAGUGCGAAAUACAGAGGAGCGUUCUGUGAAGCCAAGAUUAAGACUGCCAAGAGACUGGUCAAAGCGAAGGUCACCUUCAAACCCGACUCGUCCACUGCCGAGGUGCAUGAUGAACACAUCAGAGGAGUUCUCAAGGUGGGUGCUGUGGUUGAAGCAAAGAACCAGGAUGGAAUCUACCAGGAGGCCACCAUCAACAAACUCACAGACGCGAGUUUGUACACUGUCGUGUUUAAUGACGGUGAUGAGAAGACCCUCCGGCGUUCCUCUCUCUGCCUGAAAGGAGCGCGACACUUCGCUGAGAGUGAGACUCUCGACCGGCUUCCUCUUACGAACCCUGAACACUUUGGCACGCCUGUCAUCGGCAAAAAAGGCAACCGUGGAGGCAGACGAUCCAAUCCUAUUCAAGAGGAAGAGUCAUCUUCAUCAUCCAGUGAAGAGGAGGAGGGUGAUCAGCAACAGAACGAAGAGCUUUACGGCAAGGUGGUGUGUGUGGAAGGAGUCGCCACCAGCGACAAAAAGAAAACCACAUGGUACCCUGCGCUGGUCACCUCUCCAGACUGUCAUGAAGAUGUAACAUUGAAGAAAGACAAUGUUUUUGUGCGCUCCUUCAAAGAUGGAAAAUUUUACACGGUUUUGCGAAAAGACAUCAGAGAGUUGGAUGAAGCGAAAGCUCCUAAAGCAGACGCAGGACUCAAACCAGUGUUAAAUGCCGCAUGGGAGUUCCAGCGCAAUGGUAACGUGCCCGACACAUGGAGGACGGAGGUGAAGGACGAAAGCUCCGGCAGUGAGGAAGAUGAAGAGGAAGAUGAGGAAGAACAGGAGGAAGAGGGCAGCAGCGAGGAGGAAGAGGAGGAGGUGGAGCCAUUCCCAGAGGAGAGAGAGAACUUCCUGCAACAGCUUUACAAAUUUAUGGAGGAUAGAGGAACUCCUAUAAAUAAGAAGCCUGUGCUGGGCUACAAGAAUCUGAAUCUAUUUAAACUCUACAGGCUGGUGCAUAAGCUUGGCGGUUUUGACAAUAUUGAGAGUGGAUCUGUGUGGAAGCAGGUGUAUCAGGAUCUGGGCAUCCCCGUGCUGAACUCUGCUGCUGGAUACAAUGUCAAAUGUGCCUACAGAAAGUACCUGUAUGGCUUUGAGGACUACUGCACUUCCACGGGAAUCACAUUCCGUAUGGAUUUGCCAUAUAAGACAGGUGAGAAGACGGGCUCUAAGAGCGAGGUGAAUGCAGAGGGAACAGCCAGCGGCGGUGACAGUGUCUCUUUAAGCACAGCCAGCACAGACAACCAGAAACCCCUCAAAGAACCAGAAACCUCGGACACACAAAAUGCGGUCAAGGAGGUGAAGACUGAAGCCACAGCACAGUGUGAAGAUAAAGUGGACAUCAACAGUGUAGAUGAGGAAGUUGAUAACCAUGCUGAUGAAGACGAGAAUGACAUGAACGAAGAUGCCCAGAAACAGGAGGGCAACGAGAGUGACUUGACUGCGGAGAGUACGGUCAUGGAGAAGGUGGAGGAGGAACCCUGUGAAGAACCGGACAACAGAGAUCUGUCAAGGGAUGACAGCAGUCAGGAGUGGGAGGAAGGGGAGGAGUUUGAGUGUUACCCUCCUGGGAUGAAGGUGCAGGUGAGGUAUGGGCGAGGCCGCAAUCAGAAGACGUACGAAGCCACUGUGAAAGAGUCAGACCUGGAGGGGGGAGAGGUGCUCUACCUGGUGCACUACUGUGGCUGGAAUGUCAGGUAUGACGAGUGGAUCAAAGCAGAUAAAAUUGUCAGACCAGCUAACAAGAAUGUCCCCAAAAUAAAGCAUCGCAAAAAAAUAAAGAAUAAAGCAGAACGAGAGAGAGACCGAAUAGAGAGACUGACAGACAGAGAAGAUUUUCCUCCCUCCAAAACUCGAAUCAGUAGAUUGUCCAAACCCAACUCUGGCAAUGAUGUUUUCUCAAAGUUGGAGUGUGGUGAAAAUGGACGCCAGCAGACACCAGUCGAGCCCAUAGAAAUCACAUCUAUUCUCAACGGUCUCCCUGCAUCCGAGAGCUCCUCAGAUGACAGUGAACGAGAGGAGGAUGGUGAAGCUGAUCACGAUGAAGAGGAUUGUCCAAGUGGACGACCAGGUCUUCGGAAAGGAGCUCUUCCAGAGCACCCGCGUACACCACAGCACUGGGAGAGUGGAAGCCCAUCGGAGGGCUUCAAAGCACCAGCCGUUGUGGACAACACCAAGGAACUGAACCCCCAGGACAACUCAGAACCAGGCAAAAAGGGGCAAUUUGAGGUUGAGGUGGAAGGCUCCAGCACCAGAAGGAAAAAAUCAGAAGCUCAAGGGGAACGUGCCUUGAAAAGCCCAGCAAAAAUCAAAACUAGAGACAGUAGAGGUGGAGAAUGGCUGCCCAGUAGUUCACCCAAAAAGCUUGAAGAAAGAAGCCCUGGAGAGGACAGAGGUGCUCAGUCAUGCAGCAGUUCUGAAGAUGAAGCAGAUCCUCCAAUGGAACCUCAGGCCAAGGUAGAGCCAAGAGGGCAUCCCAAAACCAAGGGCUCCCCAUCAAAGAAGUACAAUGGGCUAAAAGAAAAGAGUAAGGGUGGAUGUUCAGGAUACUGGGAGAUCCCUGAGAAAAGAGCCAAAAUGUCAGCAGGGAUAGAGGAGAGGACACCCAGUUGUCGUACCAAAGGCCAGAAGGACGUCUGGUCCAGUAUCCAGGUUCAGUGGCCCAAAAAGAUUCUGAAGGAGCUGUUUUCAGACUCAGACACUGAGGCUGCCAACUCCCCCCCACCUGCAGCGACUGCACCAGACGAGCCAUGCACCAAACCAGCACAAGACGAUGAGAUAGCUGAGGAACAGCAGGAGAAGAUUCAGGAGCAUCCCAGUAGCGGAACCAACUCGGUCCUCAACACGCCGCCUACUACACCCGAGUCACUCGCCAUGGGUGAGGGACCCGCUGAGGUUCUAGCAGAGAUUCCAGCACCCUCACCACUUUCUGAAUUGCCCGCCAGUCCUCAAACUGUUUCCUUACCAUCAGGACCUCUGGUUGAGGAGAGUGGAGGGGGUCGCAGCGAGUCGGACAGCAGCACAGUGGAGGUCGAGAGCUUGGGUGGAGAAAUCCAGGAAAUGCCUCAUGAAGAGGGGGCAGGUUCUCCCUCCAAGGCCUUUGAUGGUAACUUGUCCUGCAACAGUAACAGCAACUGUAGCCUAACUCUCAGCAACAGCAGUCAGCAAGAGAGCGAGCAGAAAGCCAAAGUGUCAUCCAGUCAGAAGAGGCACAAAGAGUCUCAAGGGGGCGGAGCUUCAAAGAAACACAAGCGCAGUCAUAAAAGCCUGAGCUUGCAUCCCAAAAAGAACCGCAAACCAGCUCACAGCAGUGACAGUGAAGACCAGUCUAUCAGCGAGAGCACUCCCAAAUCUCCAACAUCUAAGAGCAGCAGCAGCGACCUGAAAUCAGCCAUCUCACACAAGUGCUCUGGUCGAACGCCCCCCUCAGGCCACAAAUACCACAAGCACGGAGACCCUGAGCAUUCCCACAGCAGAGAGCAGCACGGGAGGACCAAGUGGACUUUUCAGAUGUCUGACCUGGAAAAGAUGAGCAGUCUGGAGCGGAUAGCAUUCCUUCAGGAGAAGCUGCAGGACAUCAGGAAUCACUACCUCUCGCUCAAAUCUGAGGUGGCCUCCAUUGACAGGAGACGAAAGCGCAUGAAGAAGAAAGAGCGAGAGACAGGUGGGACAGCAGCAUCAUCGUCAUCAUCUUCACCGUCCUCAUCCUCACUGACGGCCGCUGUCAUGCUAACGUUGGCCGACCCAGCGGUUUCAGGCGCUUCACAGAACUCUGGUGUUUCCGUGGAGUGCAGGUGACACGAGUCGAACGCCACCCAGCAGCACAAGAGCACUUAACCAGCACCCGACCCGGCUCAGUCCGGUUUCAGCCCGUCCCUGCACUAUCAAAAGACAAACAAAAAAACGGGCCACAAAAAUGACCGAAACAAUAGCCACCAGAUGACAGCAACAAGCACUAUUUUAUAUCAACAACUGUUUCCUUGGCAAGCUAAUUGCACUCAAGUGCACUUUUUUCCUGGAUUGGGUGGGUCGGGUUUAUUUAGAUUUUUACAAAACAACCCCUUUAUUGUAUGAUCAUGAAUUAUGUCCAUAAUGAUGAAAUAUUCUAUUCUGUCUUUGAAUAUUAAUUCAGUGAACUACAGUGAUUGAUGACUGUAAAACAUAUUCAAUUCUGCACUGUUACCUUUUACAAAGUCAUGCAAGAAGACUUCACCCCUUCCACCCCAUCGCCACGGUCAGUGUCCCCUCCCCAUUGAUCCAUAAGCAGUUUGAGCCGGGCAGUUGAGUUUAUAAAUGAGGAAAUUCACUGACAGCCAUUUAACAGGUGAAAGUCAAUAGAUGCUGCAGUGCCUUAAAGUUCAGCUCUUUGGGGCACUCGUGUGGAAUGCUGGGAAAAGUCAGUGCGGGAUAACGUAUAAGUGGAGGGGUCGAUGUAUGUUUCAUAAGCUAAAUGAAUUCAUUCAAAUUAAAUACCUAAACAGGUACCACACACAGAGUGAAUCUCACUAAAUCUCUCAAGAACACAUCUGGGUUAUAAUUUGCCCCAAAAUCAAAAGAAAGAAAUUCAAAAAUUGCUUGAGAAACACUUAAAGAAAUUAAGCCUUUAUAGGACCAGUACGAUUUUUUGCAUUGUGAUAUUAUUUUCGUGUAGGCCAAGGCGUACUUCAGUUUUCAGCGCGCUGGUACGUCCCGUGCACAGUACGCAUGACACUUUGCGUCAUCGGCACAGUACGCGUGGACUGUCCGCUUGCAGCCUGGUUUUUCUUGACACGUGAAAUCCGCAUCAUUGCGCGUCGAACGCAUUUGCGGUCUAAGAUUGAGACAUUAAGUAUACCCUAACUUUCACACUUAAACAUUUCUCACCCAGUUCUCAUUACUUUUGCUUAAAUAUUCUUUUUCUUAUUACUGCAAUGCGAAAAUAAUAAAAUUACUUGAAAUCUGAAGUAAUUAUACGUCAUGGUAGUAUUUGUAGUAGUUAUUGUACUGCAUUUAUUUUACAUUUUAUUUAGGUUUAAAUAAAUUAUAUAUAUAUAUAUAUAUAUAUAUAUAUAUAUAUAUAUAUAUAUAUAUAUAUAUAUACACUGUUAUUCUGUAAUUUAGUUAAAAACAUAUAUAGAGUUUAUUGGGUGAUUCUCAUGAAACCGAUCAAGAAAAUGUCCUAGUCAUAUUUAAGAAAAUGAAUAAAAAUACAGGAUAUUAUCUUUUUUAUUUUAGUUUUUUUUCUGGCCAUUCUCCGUUGACCUCUCUCAUCAACAAGUGUUUCUGUCCACAGAACUGCCGCUCACUGGAUGUUUUUUUGUUUUUGGCACCAUUCGGAGUAAAUUCUAGAGACUGUUGUGUGUGAAAAUCCCAGAAAUACUCAAACCCGCCCAUCUGGCACCAACAAUCAUGACACGGUCCAAAUCACUGAGAUCACAUUUUUUCCCCAUUCUGAUGGUUGAUGUGAACAUUAACUGAAGCUCCUGACCCGUAUCUGCAUGAUUUUAUACAUUACACUGCUGCCACAUGAUUGGCGUAAAUACGUAGGUGUACAGGUGUUCCCAAUAAAGUGCUCGGUUAGGGUGUAUGUAUGUAUGUGUGUAUGUAUAUAUAUUAUUUAUUAUUAUUAUUAUUAUUAUUUUAACAGUGUUAAUGUGACCUGGACAAGUUUUCAUGAGAAUCACCCCACAUUGUCGGUUCAGAAACAACGCCUUAUGCAUUUUAAAUCCAAGAUUUGUUUAGUGUCCUUUUUAAUAAUUUAAGAAAGACUUAUGAAAGAUACAUUAUCACCCUUCAUCUUAAUUGUUACAUGCUUGACCCCACUUGAUGAAAGACUGAAGGAGGCGUGCAUGAGCGCAUGAGUGAAUGAGUCGGGCCAAGGGAUAUUGAGCGAAAGUACUGAUUUUUGUCUAAAGUUAGCGUUCAGUAUCUCUGAAGUUGAAAUGUAUUAUGAUUGUUGACAAUUUCAGAAUUGAUGAGUUUUUCUGGCAGCCAGGAUGCUAAAUGUAUUUUACUACUGAAAUAUAUCCAGACCCUGUGGGUGGGGUUUUAAUGGUUAAAGGAAAAGCUCACCCAAAAAUGAAAAACUCACCCUGAUGUCGUUCCAAACCCUUAUGCAGUUGUUGUUGCUGUUGUUGUUUUCCCGUGGAGCACAAUUAGAAUUUUUGAAGAAUCGACACAAGUUGUAUAAACAGCUUUUAUGGUGUAACUAUAAACUGUUGUCAUGUAAAAGAGCAAACAGGUUUGGAAAGACGUGAGGGUGUGUCAUUUAUUUUUUUGAGUGAACUAUCCCUUUAAAGUGGCAGUAUUGAGAAGUGCAAUGUCAGUACACAGCAGAUUCGUCUGUAAUCAUGUGCAAUGACAGAAACGGAUCUGUUCUGUACGUAGCCUUUGUGUCUGUGUCUUCAUUUUCCAUUUCCCCCUUGUCGUUCUUUUGCAAUGCCAUAAAUGUAGGACGUCAACUGAAUGAAGCACUUCAUUGCCACUGUGGAAAAAACAGUCCAUUGUGUGAUGGUUUAUACACAUGUAGUAAUGGGCGAUUUGUGAUGUAUUAAAAGAAACCAAGAAAAGCUAAGAAAACCAAGGAACAUCAUCCUAUGAUUUUACAUCUGUAAUCAGCACAUUGUGUACUGAAAGUUUAAUGUCCGUGCUCUGUUUAAAGGUGGCUCGUUGCUCUUUACGGAACACACUUUCAUUAUCCUUUGAAAAUGUCAACGCUCUCAUUUCUUAACCUUUAUGCUUUCAUUCUGCGCACUCUGACCAAGAGAAAGGGUUACGAUGAUGAAAAUGUGCAUUUAUGAUGAAAAGAUAUAUGUACCCGUACAAUGCUGAAGACAUACACAGAGUUUCCUUUGUAUAGACACCCUAUUGUAUCAUAACCUGAAGGUGUGUACCGUUCGGUACUUGUAUGCCUUUGUUAUACAUUUGUAUAUUGAGAAGUGUGUUUUGAGUCAAGCUAUUUAAUAUCUUGCACUGUUAAUACCAUGUAUGUUUCUGUACAGUUUUACUGUUUUACCUGUAGUGUCUGUGUAUGUUUUUUGAAGGCAAAAGCAUGUCCAUUUUCUCAAAAGUUCUUUUUGUGUUUCGUUCUAGCGUAGGACACUUAAGUAGGAUUAGUUUUGAUUCAGCUUUUCAUCCUUUUUUUUUUCUUCCUCGUCUUUUGUGUAUUUCCGUUAAACUGUGCUCGUACUAGGCUUUUGUUUUUUUUUUUAUAAAGUGGAAUUUUCCAAUCUGUACAUGGACUGUAAAGUUUUAUGGAUCUUUACAAUGAGAUGAGAUCUGAGAUGUUUGUAAACGAGAGAGAGAGAGACUGACAAAGCUUAACGGAAAGUUCUAUCAUAUUUAUUAGGCUCAUCAGAUGAUGGACAGUGUGUAAUUUAUUGUACAAAUGUAAGCAGAAAAGCCUUUGAAAUAAAUGCCAUAGUUUGUGA